CUUUGAAAUUUAAUAUACAUAUAUAAUGACUGCUAAGGCUGCAGUGCUUCUUCUAUUCCUCUGUCUGCUCAGUCCAUCGGUGCCGCAAACUCUUGGCCACAGCAUGGGCAAGAAACGUUCCGUAGCCCCGACCAGCUUACUAUACGAUGACGGUCGCAACAAUGCCAAGGAAGGUUGUGGUAGGAAGGACGAAGGCUGCCACAUCAAACUAUCUCCGAAUGCGGCCUCGAGGCAAAAGGCCUCUUGCAUUGCCAUGAAAGCGGCGCAGGAAGCGAAGGCUGCCUCAGAUGCUCAAUUGCCAGCCGCGGAAAACGCAGCGCUUCAGGUAAAGAUUCAGUUGGCCGAUAAAGCAUUAGCCGCAGCAAAUGCUGCCGAUGCGGCUCUGGCAGGCAAACUGCAAAUCGUUGAGCAACUGGAGUCGGAGGUGCGUGAAGGUGAGCUGGUCGUGGAGGAAGAGAUGGGCUCGCUGCAAGCGACGCAGAGCAACUGCAACGCGGCCGCGCAGGCGGCCAAGCAGGCCGGCGUACAGUUAAAGACUCUCGGCGAGGCGGUCAAGAAUGCUCAGGCCAAUGUGAUGAACUCGGAGCACGCUGCCAAUGGCGCCCAGCAGGAGCUGACCGAGAAACAGCAGCUGGUCGAGGCGGCCAAAAAGCGUGUCGAACUGCUCCUCCGGCAGCUCGAUGCUGCACGAACCGAUUACCGGAACACGCAGAAGGCGGCCGAGCGUGCCGCAUGCGCCGCCCAGGAAGCCAAGCAGCGCGCGACGCGGGAGCGACGCAAGGCAGAGAUACGCAGCAAGCUGCAUCAGCAUAUGCAGCAGUAAAUCAAAGUUCAAAGUUGAAGUUAUCAUAUAUUUUUAUUUUAUUAACUGUACUU